AUUUCGCAUUGCGUUGCGUCUUUGUCUGUGUGGUACGUGAUAGGUGUAUAGUGUAGUCAUUGGAUUGGUUCCGUGUCCUUGGGUUGUACAGUUUUGUAACGCAACGUUUUUUAUGCGGAAAAGGAGCUAGAAAUAUUUGACAGUUGGUGAAUUGUGCUUUUGUUGAGGACACAAUAUUUUCUACUUCUACUAAUAAAUAUGGCCAAUUUUAAAGUAUUUCUUUUGGUUUGUGGGGUGAUAGCAGGUGUAUGUGGCUCAGGGGAUAAACUUGAUCCAGAGCCACUUCAUACAAGUCCAUUAAUACCUCCCCAACCUACCUCUACACCGACAUCCACAACUCCACCUCCAACAUCUACAACCUCUGCGACAACCCCUAAAACAACUACCACAGCACAACCAACAACACCCUCUACAACAACAACGUCUAAGCCUACAUCAACCACACCUAAGCCUACAUCAACCACACCUAAACCUACAUCAACCACACCUAAGCCUACAACACCAACUCCAACACCAACUCCUGCUCCUGGACCAGUGGAUCCAAAAGUAGCUAACUGGACGGUGAAUUAUGCUAAUAGCAACCGAAGCUGCAUUAUCUUAUUUGUGGCCACGCAGUUCGAAAUCCUGGAUUCAAACAAAACAAAAGUCAAUGUACCUGUUGAUGCGACUGCCAGCGGCUCCUGUGAGGGAAAGGAUGUGCAGACACUGACAGUUUCGUGGGGUCAGAACAAUUCAUUAGAAUUAGAUUUUGAAAAAAACAACUCAAAUAAAUUUGAUCUGAACCGCAUCGUUUCUACUCUCAAUGUUUCAAUAAAUUCAGUCCCCAAAGUGUACAAGUUGUUCCACCAGAAAACGGAAUUUUCAACACCUCUGGAAAAUUCUUACAAAUGUGCCCAUCAACAAACAUUGAAUUUGACAGAAGAAAAUUCAAAUGUCACCGUUGCAUAUCUUCAUGUGAGCCACCUUCAGUACCAAGCAUUCCGCAACUCAACAGAACACAAAUUUGACUCAGGUAGUACCAAAAAUGUUAUUACAUUUAUUCUAAACGAAUCAAAUUCAGGGUGUAACAUUUAUAUGGACUUUUACCUCUAA